AUGGGUGAAUGGGGCUUCCUCGGAGCACUCUUUGAUAACCUCCAGGCACACUCGCCUAUGCUUGGUCGUUUCUGGCUCCUGCUCAUGCUUGUUUUUAGGAUACUGAUUCUGGGUACCGUGGCCAGUGACCUGUUUGACGAUGAACAAGAGGAAUUUGCCUGCAACACCCUCCAGCCAGGCUGCAAACAGGUGUGCUACGACAUGGCCUUCCCGAUAUCCCAGUACCGAUUUUGGGUCUUUCACAUUGUCCUCAUCGCCACACCUUCCAUGCUUUUCCUCAUGUAUGCCAUGCACCACAAUAACAAAAAGGACAGCCGCCCCAAAAGCAGCCAAAGUAGCAGCCAGGAAUACAGAGAGACCCUUAGUUUAAGGAGGCUGUACAUGAUCAAUGUGGCUUUUCGAAUAAUUGCAGAAGUCGGCUUUCUGGUGGGCCAGUGGUUUCUGUAUGGUUUCACUGUGAACCCCCAGUUCCCUUGUAGCCGCUUUCCUUGCCCCUACACAGUGGACUGCUUCGUCUCACGCCCUGCAGAGAAAACAGUCUUCCUCUACUUCUACUUCGGCGUUGGGGUGUUGGCAGCGGUUUCCAGCUGUGCAGAGCUCUUCUACGGCUCCGCGAAGUGGUUUUGUUGUAGCUCGGAGCCCUUUACCCCGGAGCGUUCCUGUGACUGCCAGAACCUUCACAACUUGAAGACAGAGGAGGCAGAAGGGGAGGAGAAACCAUUAGGAAAGGCAAGGUCAGAGAGUGCACUGGGCAGCUUGAGGCUGAAGGGGGGAUCGCUGAGGAGCAGUAAGAAGGUCUCCAGCAUCGGGCAGAAGACAAGAAACGGCAAAUAUGUGAGCAGCAGGACACUCAUGGUGUGA